CACCUGCACUUUUAACUUGUAUAUGUUGUUGUCUCCUCGGUUGUGAAUCAAAAUAUAACAAACAAGUGGCUCAACAAACUCGAAUCUAGAUAUAAGACCAUAGUGAUAAGACAAACUAAUUCCGCUAAUUACCUGCCGAGUAAACCGAGUGCAAAAUGGGCUGUGCGGAGAGCAAGGACGGCGAGGGGGAGGCUCAGGACAACAGGCCUAAAUACCGGUCCUGCACGGACACCUGCUGGCUGGCGAUUUACAUUAUAUUCUGGCUGUUUUUGAUCGUGAUAGCCAUCUUUUCGUUUGUCUACGGCAAUCCCUUGCGCAUCAUCAAUGGCUACGAUUCCUUUGGCAACACCUGUGGCGUCAAGCACAAUGAAAAGUUCCAGGGAUUCCCUUUGUCCGGCAUGAAUACCCUUGACAAGCCAGAGCUCUUCUACUUUGACGUCAAGGAGCUGAAAAAGUCCUUGAAAAUAUGCGUCAAGUCUUGUCCCGCCAAAACCUUGACCAAGGGCACUGAGCUGCUGGAAUACUACAGCCAAUCGGGCAGCCAGCUCUGCAAAUACGACUACAAUAUGCAGCAGUUGAGUACGGUGGGAGAUGAUGCCAAGACCUUCAAUUUCCUGGGUCCGUGUCCUAGUUUACCCGUUUACGAGAGUGCUCCUGUCCUCCAUCGCUGUGUGCCCAAGGGCACGGGUCAGAAUGUUAAGAAAUAUAUUGAGAACUAUUACGAAAUGCUCAAUAACUGGGAUGUGGCCCAGCAGUUCGUUGGUGACAUCUACUCCACCUGGCACAUCAUUGCGUUGGUCUGUGGACUGGCCUUGCUCAUUUCUAUCGCUCUGGUGACCAUGAUGCACUGGCUCUCCCGCAUCGUCUCCUGGAUCAUCUGUGUCCUGGUUAUAGUGGCCAGUGUGGCACUAAGUGUGGCCCUCUGGUAUGCCUACUAUAACAUCCGCUACAAGACUGGGGUGAACACGCAAUAUAGCAUGCUGCAGGAGUUUGUGCGCAAUGAGCAGGCGGUCCUAACCUUGGCAGUCCUGGCCACCAUAACUAUGAUAAUCCUCAUAGUGGUUAUAUACUUUUUGAAAAACAAACUAUCUGGCUUGUCUGCCCUUUUCGAGGAAGCUGGCCAGUGCAUGAUGAAUCUCCCAGGACUUUUGAUUGCCCCGCUGCUGGCCUUCCUUGUGCUCAUAGCCUUCUUGAGCUUCUGGGUCGGGGUGGUCAUCUGCCUGGCCACCGCCAGCUCUCCUGGCCAGAGUCCCAUUGCUCCGUUUGACAACUCGAAAGCUCACAUGCAGCCUCUGCCAGCCAAUGCGUUGUUUGUUUCUAAUAACACCAAUGCCAAUGAUUUGAGAACCAAUUCGCGCGUAGAGUAUGCCGAUGCUGGUGCCCUUCGCAGUAUGUUCUGGAUCUAUGUGGUGGGUCUAAUUUGGACGGUUGAGUUUAUUUUCGCCUGCCAGCAGUUUGCAUUGGCCGCAGCUGUGGCCUUCUGGUACUUUGAAAAGCCCACGACAACACCCACGAUUUACGCCAUUGGCAAACUGGUCAAGUAUCAUUUGGGCACGGUGGCCAAGGGAUCCUUUGUCAUCACUAUUUUCAAGAUUCCCCGCUUGAUACUGACAUAUUUGUAUGCCAAAUUGAAAAAAGGCGAGGACAAGGGAUCGGAGUGUGCGGCCUGUUGCUUGAAGUGCUGUAUUUGUGGCUUUUGGCUGCUGGAGAAGUUCAUUCGCUUCUUAAAUCACAAUGCCUACACUGUGGUGGCCAUUGAGUCCAUUAACUUUUGUCCCGCCGCUGGCAUUGCCUGGAAUGCCAUGGCCACGAAUGUUUUACAAGUGGCCACCAUCAACAGCGUGGGCGACUUUAUACUCUUCCUGGGAAAGGUUGUGGUGGCCGCUCUCUCCGGCCUUAUCGGAAUCGUUUUGCUCAAGGACAAGCCCGGUCUAAACUUUUACAUGGCCCCCGUCAUAAUCAUAAUAAUAUUCUCCUUCUUCAUUGCUCACAUCAUUCUAUCGCUAUUUGAGAUGGUUGUGGACACCCUGUUCCUGUGCGUCUGCGAGGAUAAGACCCUGAAUGGUCGGUCUGGUCGAUGGGCGCAGAGCAACUUGGCAAAGCUGGUGGGCGAGGAACCGCUACAGCCUGGGGAGGAGCCGCCCAUCGAGGUGGUCCAAAUGAUGCCCAUCAACAAGCAGCCAUUCAGUAUUACACGACUCCCCCCGUCCGAUCCCGAGGUGGCUCCCAUGUCGCCCGAGUAGCUCUAAGAGGCAGCCAGAUGCUUUCGCUAAUCCUUUAUUCCAGUCCCAGAAAAGCCCCCGAAACUCAACGCACAUCUCAUUAGGAUGUUAAUAUUUAUAUAUAUACAUACCAUAACUCCGUCGCGACGUACAAAGUAGAACAGUGGGACUAAUAAUUACUGGUAAUCUUGUCUAUUGAUAUAUUCAAACUUAGGAUGCACAGUUUGUAAACGUAUUUAUAAAGUUUAAUCGUUUUGUAUCUAAAUGUAAAAUUUGGUGUUCAAACCUU